AAAGAUGGCCAUGGAAGGGACGAGUUCAAGCUUUCCAAAGGACCAAUUUAUGGACAUUCAUGAAGUAUUUCCUCAAGAAGAAGAAGAAGAUGGCACAAGGAAGAUGGCAAACAGGGGAGAGAAGAGAUUGAAUAGACCCAGUAAGGUAAGAGAUAUGAGGAGACAGCAGAGGAAUUUAAGUCGACAGGUCUCAUUAGAGACUGGGUUUUCUGUACUCAAUAAGGAGUCAGAGGAGGCUAAGGAAAGUAGGAUGAGGACACUUGAAAGGAGUGGUCGAAGCUUAGGAGGUUUUGGUUCGGCAAGUAGAUUUGGUUGUGAAGCUAAGAAAGGAGAUUUCAGUAUGUUCAGGACCAAAUCGACCUUGAGUAAGCAGAAGUCUUUGUUGCCUAUGAGAGACAUGGAUUCUCAGAAGAAUGAUUUCUCAGGAGGACUUGAACCUCCUGUAUCUGCUGGGAGAUACUUUGCUGCCUUGAGAGGAGCUGAACUCGACCAAGUCAAGGACUACGAAGACAUUCUCCUCCCAAAGGACGAAAAAUGGCCGUUCCUCCUCCGAUUCCCAAUCGGGUGCUUCGGUAUCUGUCUGGGUCUAAGCAGCCAAGCCAUCCUAUGGCGCACUCUUGCCACCAGCCCAGCUACCUCUUUCCUCCAUAUACCACUCCUCAUCAACCUUCUCCUUUGGCUCUUGGCCCUCACCGUUCUCAUCUCCUUCUCCUUCACCUACGCACUCAAAUGCUUAUUCUACUUCGAAGCCGUCCGUCGCGAAUACUUCCACCCCGUCCGAGUCAACUUCUUCUUCGCACCUUGGAUUGUCUGUAUGUUCCUUGCUCUUGGCGUCCCUCAAGUACUCUCACCCAAACACCACCUCCACCCUGCCAUAUGGUGUACCUUCAUGACUCCUCUCAUCAUCCUUGAGCUCAAGAUCUAUGGCCAAUGGCUCUCUGGAGGUAAGAGACGUCUCUCUAAGGUCGCCAACCCUUCUACACAUCUCUCAGUGGUUGGAAACUUUGUGGGCUCUAUAUUGGCAUCCAAGGUCGGGUGGCAAGAGGCUGCCAAGUUCUUCUGGGCAGUUGGUUUUGCACAUUACCUUGUAGUCUUUGUUACAUUGUAUCAGAGAUUGCCAACCAGUGAGGCCUUGCCUAAGGAGCUACACCCUGUUUAUUCCAUGUUCAUAGCUGCUCCGGCGGCGGCAAGCAUUGCCUGGGAAACCAUUUAUGGCGAAUUUGAUGGGCUUUCGCGGACUUGUUACUUCAUUGCAUUGUUUCUCUAUGUUUCACUUGUGGUUCGCAUCAAUUUCUUCAGAGGCUUUAGGUUUUCAGUGGCUUGGUGGUCUUACACUUUUCCCAUGACAACUGCUUCAUUGGCAACCAUCAAGUAUGCAGAGCAGGUCCCGGGUAUACCAAGCAAGGUUCUUGCACUUACUCUCUCAUUCAUGUCUUCAGCAAUGGUGUCUGUGCUGCUGGUUUCCACACUUCUUCAUGCCUUUGUUUGGCAUUCCUUGUUUCCCAACGACCUCGCCAUUGCCAUAAUGAGAAAAAAUAAUAAUAGCAACGUUAGAGUGUAUGGCAAAGAGCAGAAACCCUUCAAAAAGGUCUAUGAUAUAAGGCGUUGGACGAAGUCGAUAACCAAGCACAAUCUAUCAGUGAAUAAGGAAAAAGAGGAAAAAGUCUAAUACUAAAUCCCAUAUGACAAGUUCAUA